GGCACUUUGCAUAUCCCCUUGAAACCCUACCUAGGCCCACGAUGCUAUGUUCUAUUAGAGUAGGAAAUUGACGAUAAUCCCGAACUAUUGAACGCGACUCGGUAUUAAAUAAAGCGACACUAGCCAAGAUGCAAACUGUUCUUCACCAAAACCAAUCAAAACCCAUUUGAUGAAUGCUGAAGGAGGAUGUCUCCAACUAAUACCCCUCAUGCACUCCAUUUCAGCCAGCGGUCUCGGUGACAACGAGUACAGCCUGUGGUUUUCGAAGCGGGGUGGGACUGCAUAUAUCGAAGUAGCUCUGGCUAUCUUAGGUAGGUAGGUAGGUAUCUCUCUCAGCUCUCUUUUUCAAAUAUCACUUAGUUUAACUCUCACAUCAAUCUGAACGAUCAUGAGGCUAAUCGGCGGGCAAGUAGCAAGCUUCGUGGGAAGGGAAUGCUCUCGGUUAUCCAGGUCGAAUACACCAUCGAAUACCUACCGCGUUUCCAUCGGCAACCUAGGAAAAAACACUCUGCGGGCUGGAUACGCCUCAUAUUCUCGAGCCAGUAAUGAUGGAAGGACCGCCAUUGUGACGGGCUCCAGUAGGGGUAUUGGGAAGGCUAUAGCGUUGCGCCUUGCUGCGGAUGGAUACGAUGUCUGUGUUAAUGACGUGAGCUCGAACAAGGCUGGAUGUGAUGAGGUCGUGAAGGAGAUCCAAGGGAUGGGAAGGAAAGCUUGUACUGCGAUUGCAGACGUGUCCAAAUUGGACCAAGUGAAGGAGAUGGUUAAGACCAGUGUUUCCAAUCUAGGCCCCUUAAGCACUAUGAUAGCGAAUGCCGGAAUCACUCAGGUGAAGCCCCUCCUUGAGGUGACACCGGAAGAUCUCGAGCGCAUGUUUUCCAUCAACGUAUAUGGCGUUCACUACUGCUUCGCCGAAGCGGCCAAACAGAUGAUAAGCCAAGGGAACUGCCGACCGGACCGACCCGGGAAACUGGUUGCUGCCGCAUCGGUCGCCGCGUUCAAGUCGAACAUCCUGCUGCCCCAUUACAGCAGCAGCAAGUGGGCCGUCCGCGGCCUCUCGCAGGCGUACGCCAUGGAGCUUGCGCAGCAUCACAUCACGGCAAACGCGUACGGGCCGGGGAUCGUGGGCACCCCUAUGUGGGAUCUAAUUGACACGGACGCGGCAAAGCGAACGGGUGUGCAGAAGGGAGAGGUGAUGAAGCGGUGGGUUCACGAGGGCACGGCGCUGGAUAGAGUUAGCGUGCCUGAGGACGUCGCCAAGCUGGUCAGCUUUUUGGCCAGCAGCGAUAGCGAUUUUAUUACGGGACAGACGCAGCUGGUGGAUGGCGGCAUGUUCUUUACUUAGGUUAGGUAGGUAUCCGGCUAGUUGAGGUAAUAAUUAUUUCGUAUCCCAAGUCACAAGUCACAAGCCAUAAGUGCCUCACCUAGAGAACUUCUGCGAACUACCGAUGCACAAUACAACUAG